CUCCCCCCCCCCCCCCCCUUUUUUUUUUCUCUCUCUUUCAUGAGGUGUCGCCGGAAAACCUCUCGCCGCCACAAACCGCCGUUGGGGAGCGGUGGAUAGAAAAAACAAAUUGUUGGUUUUAUUAUUUGGGUUUGAGGAAACAACAAUGGCAGUGGGUUCUGACGCUGGGUUUGUUUUUCUUACUGUGUUGUUGGCUUGGGUGGUGUUACUGAGUGGACGAGUGAGUAGCGAGCCGACUCAGGACAAGCAAACCCUCCUUGCUUUUCUCUCUCAGAUUCCUCAUGAGAAUCGCAUCCAAUGGAACGCUUCAGACUCCGCCUGCAAUUGGGUCGGGGUGGGGUGUGAUGCUAAUCACUCUAAUGUCUACACUCUUCGUCUUCCAGGCGUGGGGCUUGUGGGUCAGAUCCCAGAGAAUACUAUCGGCCGUUUAAGUCAGCUUCGGGUGCUCAGUCUUAGGUCGAAUCGUCUCUCCGGUGAUAUCCCCCGAGAUUUUGCAAACUUGACGUUGUUGCGCAGCCUUUACCUUCAGGAUAAUCGUUUUUCCGGCGGGUUUCCGGGGAGUAUUACUCAGUUAACUCGGUUGGGUCGGUUGGAUCUUUCGUCCAACAACUUCACCGGAGAGCUUCCAUUUUCCCUCAACAAUUUGAACCAAUUGACUGGACUGUUCUUGCAGAACAAUGGCUUUUCUGGCAGUAUACCCAGCAUAAACUCUGAUGGAUUGGAUAAUUUCAAUGUUUCCAACAACAGGCUCAAUGGUUCAAUCCCCCAGACAUUAUACAAGUUCGGGUCUUCUUCAUUCGCCGGAAACCUAGCUCUCUGCGGCGGACCGUUGCCGUCAUGCAACCCAUUUUUCCCCUCUCCAACACCAUCUCCCUCAAUUGUUCCAUCUAACCCAGUUCAGAAAAAGUCGAAAAAGCUCUCGACAGCAGCUAUAAUCGCAAUCUCAGUUGGGUCCGCUCUAAUUCUCUGUCUCCUCUUACUCUUCCUCCUCCUCUGCCUGCGCAGGCGCCAGCGCCGGCAGCCCCCGAAGCCACCAAAGCCCGAAACAAGCCGAUCCAUAGUGGCUGAGACCGCCACCUCCUCUUCCAAGGACGACAUCACCGGCGGGUCAGCUGAAGCAGACAGAAACAAGUUGGUUUUCUUCGAGGGCGGCGUCUACAGCUUUGAUUUGGAAGAUUUGCUGAGGGCUUCAGCAGAGGUGUUGGGCAAAGGAAGCGUAGGGACUUCGUACAAGGCAGUGUUGGAGGAAGGUACUACGGUGGUUGUGAAGAGAUUGAAAGAUGUUACAGUCACGAAGAAGGAGUUCGAAAUGCAAAUUGACGUUCUAGGGAAGAUUAAGCACGAAAAUGUGGUUCCUCUCAGAGCUUUUUACUUCUCCAAGGAUGAGAAAUUACUAGUCUACGACUUCAUGGCUGCCGGCAGUUUGUCUGCCCUUCUGCACGGCAGUAGAGGAUCGGGCCGUACGCCACUUGACUGGGACAACCGGAUGAGAAUAGCGCUCAGCGCCGCAAGGGGGAUAGCCCACCUACACGUGUCGGGAAAGGUGGUCCAUGGCAACAUCAAGUCCUCCAACAUCCUGCUCCGCCCGGACCACGAUGCUUGCGUUUCCGAUUUCGGGCUCAACCCGCUCUUUGGAAACUCCACGCCGCCCAAUCGGGUCGCGGGAUAUCGGGCGCCCGAGGUAAUGGAAACCCGAAAGGUCACGUUCAAGUCGGACGUAUACAGUUUCGGCGUGUUGCUGUUGGAGCUAUUGACGGGGAAGGCACCAAAUCAAGCGUCGUUGGGGGAGGAGGGGAUUGAUCUUCCAAGGUGGGUCCAGUCGGUGGUCCGUGAGGAAUGGACUGCUGAGGUAUUCGAUGUGGAGUUGAUGCGAUACCACAACAUCGAGGAGGAGAUGGUGCAGCUGCUGCAAAUCGCGAUGGCCUGCGUCUCCACCGUACCAGAUCAGAGACCCGCCAUGCAGGAGGUGGUCCGAAUGAUUGAGGAUAUGAACAGGGGCGAGACGGACGACGGCUUACGACAAUCGUCCGAUGACCCAUCCAAGGGAUCAGGCGGUCACACGCCUCCGCCGGAGUCACGGACCCCACCUGCGGCGGUCACACCUUAGCAAUAUUCCCGGUAAAUAGAUGGGGGAGAAAAAUUGUGGCGGUGGGCCUCCCAAAAAAAUGCGCUCGUGCGUAAGUAAGCGGGUUGAACUGCGCAGCAGCCGAUUGGAGCUCAGGGUGACCCACCCACCCAACACUGUGUUUUUAAUCUUUUUACGUUUUAUUUUUUUUCCUUUUUCUUUUUAUUUUUUCUGUGCAAUGAUUUUUACAGGGAGGUUUGAAUUGUUUGGGAGGGAGUUCCAUGAACUGAUUGGAAUUGACUAUUUGGAAGUGGAUUUAUUUGGUUUAUUUUUCCAUAUUUUAUAGCUCACCGUGUUGACAUUUAA